AUGAUGGAAAAUCUUACCUUUUUUCUUAUCUUGGUUGCUUCCAUUUGUGCAACAACAAUAGCUUCAAUCCCACCUGCUGAGAUGAAAUAUUUGCAUAAAUGUGCAGAGGAUAUGGGAGUAGAAUGUGGAAAACAAGUGUACAACAAAUUGUUUACUUCAAAUGUGACAGAAGUUACUGAAGAUUGUUGUUAUAAGAUUCUUCAAACAGGAUAUUAUUGUCACAGCAAAAUGAGUUUAUUUAUUCUUGAAACAAACCCUAGGUUCAAGAAUGAAGAAUGGAUUCAUUAUCUUACAAACAGUGAUGAAAUUUACCAGAAAUGUGAUGUCCUUACUAAACCGGAAGACCCCAGAUUUUUGGGUACAUGCGUUGAAGAAAUAGGCACACAAUGUGGAAAAGAAGUAUUUUACAAUAUAGUGAAUGAUAAGAGCAUGAGUAACGAAUGUUGUGGAAAGCUUGUGAAAAUGGGUCAAAAAUGUCAUAUCAAUAUGGCCAAGGCUUUGAUUCGUACCCCAGAGAUGAGGAAGGUAGAUGCAGUUAAAUUUCUAGAAAGGAAUUUGAAAGUAUUUUUUCAGUGUAAAAUUAGGAAAUAA